CACUAGGACCUUAGACCUAAACCAGGGCUGCACGAGGAGGGGGAAUUUCAGAGGUGCGCGUCACCAGGAUAGGGUGGAAAGCUGACCCGGGGCGGGGGCGGGGCCGGGGACUUUGCCCCCAAAAGCUGGCAGCGGAGGAGGCUCUCUGCUGACAACCAAAGCUUGGUCCGAAGGCUUUAAAGGGCGAACGUGGGGCGGGGCUGAUCGCACCUUUUACUGCAGGCUGCCUCGCGGAUGGAGCACCGAUGAGUUUCGGUACAGAGCCACCGGCCCAGGCCCCGGAGCGGCUGGACAUGGCAGCGUACUGUGACGGCCUAGGCGCCUGCUCGGGCCCACACGGCCAGGCGCGGCCCGUCGCGCACUCACCAGGCUAUGUGCGCGGGGACGUGGGCGCUGCAGGCUGUGGCCCGCGCCUGUGGAUGAACGCGCCCGCGCUCAGCCCUGCGCCCUACGCGCCGGGCCCGCGGACCCCACCACCCUACGCGGCGCCUAGCUAUGGGGCCCCGGGCCAGCUCCUGGGAGCAGCCGGCGGGCUGGCGGGCACGGACCUCGCGUGGCUGGCCCUCUCCGGCCAGCAGGAGUUGCUGAGGCUGGUGCGACCGCCCUACUCCUACUCGGCGCUCAUCGCCAUGGCCAUCCAGAGUGCGCCCCUGCGAAAGCUGACACUCAGCCAAAUCUACCAGUACGUGGCCGGCAACUUCCCUUUCUACAAGCGCAGCAAGGCGGGCUGGCAGAACUCCAUUCGCCACAACCUGUCUCUCAACGACUGCUUCAAGAAGGUGCCCCGCGAUGAGAACGACCCAGGUAAAGGCAAUUACUGGACCCUGGACCCCAACUGCGAGAAGAUGUUUGACAACGGGAACUUCCGAAGGAAGAGAAAGCGAAAAGGGGAGGCAAGCACGGUCUUGCCUCCAGAAGCCCAAAGCCCAGGGGGAGCGAAGACACCGGCCCUGGAGCCCCCGGGUACGGCCUCCCCAGACCUGCAGGCCUCGCCGUCCUCGCCCGCACCCGAGGCUGCCGCCUGCUUUUCCAGCUUUUCCUCGGCCAUGGGGUCCCUGGCUGGCGGCCUUGGCAACUUCUCUGGGAGCCUGGUGCGCGACUUUUCUUUCGGGAGGCCAACGACGGUCGCGGCUCUCAGCCCCCAGACUCCCUGCUCCGCGCCCAGCUUCGCCCCUGGCCACCAGACGGGGGCCACCAGCUUUCGCGUCAGUCAUUUUGUCUACAGCCUGGAAGGAACAGAAGUUUGAAAGAGGCUAGCCAGGGCGCUGGACGCAAAAGUGCUGAGCGCAGGCCCCCAGAUUCUGCCUGGUGACAGCCGCUCGCGUGGGUUGGAAUCACAGCCAUUGGUGCCGCGGGAGGGAGCGCACAGCCCUGCCUUUGGGUCAUACGGAGCUGCGCUGAGUGACAGCUCCGCUGCUGGCUUGCUGUGAACCUGCUCCAACCCUAGAUCCGGUCCAUCUGGACUUUCCAGCCUGCACUCUGGAGGGCUCCUCUGUAAAGGGCUUAUGGAUGGAAGGUGUUCAGCUCCAUUCCCAUUUGUACUUACUGAGACGGUAUCUUUGUGACAAGCAAGAAGCCCCCAGUCAUUGGGGAGAUGAAUUUUGGUCUCUGUACUUCCCAAAGGUAUUGGGAGCCCCAGUCUGUUAACUUGGGUCUUUAUGGCAUCUGGCACUGUCUGGAACUGUGGGCCCUGGGGAAGAGGGUCUGCCCAGGCAGAAGCACCUGCCCCGCAAGUGAGCAGAGAGAGAGGAUGCCUUUAAUUUGGAGUGAGCCUUUUGUGAGCCUAUCUGCUUCCACCCAGUGGUGUCUGUUUUCCUUGGCUGAUCACAAAUCUGCCCACUGGGUCCAUCGCUGCCACUCCUGUUGGAAAUGAGCACAGGGCUACUGUGUGAGACCUAGCAGUGGUUCUGAUGAAGAGUGUGUGGCAGGCGGACUGGGAAACUUGGGUAGAUCAAGCCAGGAAUUUUAGUGAAUUGAACCCUGAUCACAGAACACUGUGCUGGUGGUUUUGGACCUCAUGAUGCUGCCUAGCCAAAUUUAUAACCAACCCAUAAUCUCUCUCCAAACGCAAUGAAUUUGAAAGGUCCACUAAAGAAGAAAUUGCUUAGCUUAUAAAUAAAAUAAUUUUGUCUUUUGAACCUACUUUUAAUGGAGUAAAUCGCUAAAAUGGUGCACCCAUAUGUGUAGCUGUAACAAUCACUACGAUUACCAGCAUCCCUAGUUUAGAUCCUGCCUUGUUAAGAAAGUUGGAAAUAAUUUUUUAAUUAAAUUUGAUAACAGUGGGAAAUUUGACAAUCAGUAGAGCUUUCACAAAAUUGGUUGAUAAGAUAUAUACAUAUAUAUGCUGCAUAAGUGCUAGAAUUUGAUGUUCUUUUUCUCCUAACAAUAGAUAUAUUAUUGAAAUUGAGGGAGAGCACUUUUGAAAAAAUCGUUCAACUUUUGCUUUCCCUAAAAAUCAGUUGUUGAUGUUUAAAGAUUGUUCAGCCAUUCAAAGAUUUCUAGAACUAAUAACUAAUGGUACAUGAAACAGAUGAAAUCUUUGUGAGGAAGCAUAAUUGAAAAUAAUCCCAGUGGUGCAGGGUAUUUGGAAAAUGAUGGAACCAGAUUACAAACAGAAUCCAGCCCUCUUCUAUAAGUCCAUAUGUCUGAAUAUAUAUUCUGGGCUGGGUCCUGUACCGAAAUGCGUUUUGUGGGCCCUGAUACAGUCAACUUCCGAUUCAGUGUGCCAAUAAAGUAUUUUUCUGAAGGGAAAAAAAUACUGAUAGUAAAAUCAGUAAGCAGAGCAGGGUAGCUUGUACUCACUGUAUAGUUAAGUGUAUUUUCUUUUGGCCAGGACUCUGUGAGUUCCAGCUAGUCCCUGAAAUAGGCUGCAUGUGGGCAAUGUCAUGUGGCUGUGCCAGGGCACAACUGCCAAGAGACCAGAAGGAUGCUGUCACCUUGUCACCUUUGAACUUGGGCAACUUUGUGGCCCUCCGACCUCAGUCUUCUCUUACUCUCCUUUGUUACCUCUGAAAUUCAGGCUAGAAUAUUCCAAUUUUGUUUUAAGACAACUAUGAGUCUUUUCCCAAAAAAAGCACUACUGAAUAUGCUACGGGCACAUGACAGUACACUGUUGGGACAGGUUCUUAGUAGGAGUAAACAACACUGUGAAGUUGGAUUGUUUCAGAUACAGAAACAAGUUUCAGAAUUGAGAGGGAAAAGGUAAUUUAAAAUGCCCAGAUGUGGAUUGCUAACAAUUCUUCCCAUUGUCAAACAAUAGCAUUAAUUUAAAAAUCAAAGAACAUAAUAAUAAAGUAAGCUGUAGUGUCUUUAAUCCAAUUGAUCUUGACUGAACAAGACUCCCUCUGCAAGAAGAGCCAUUCCCAAUAAAAGCUCACAAUUCCUUAAAAAUUUUGAGAAAGUACAGUAGUAUUUUUAAAAGAGAGAAACCUGGGUUUCAAACUAUGAGGUUAUAUUCCAUGUGUUGAGUAGACAUUAAAUGUGUUUGUUUAUGAGGAACAUAAACUUCUGUAUUUUAACAAUGCUGCCUUGGAUAUUAAUCAGUUUUCAGUCUUUAAUUUCUUCAAUUGUAUCCAGGGCAGUGAAGUGCCAUUUGUCAUUAAGGGAUACAGACUGCAGUGAUUACUAUAACUCUUUAGUGAAACAGGAAAAUACAU